GCGAGAUUUGCCCACCGCACACACACAGAGGCAGGCAAAGAGGGGCGACCAGCAGCUGAGAGUGAGAGGAAUGAGGACACUCAGGACAGCAUCGCGUGGAACAAAGCCAAGUUUCCGUGUUUUAAAAAGGUCUAAAGAGGCGAAAUGACAAAAGUGAGUGGAUUCACGUGGAUGUUUUAAUGUUCCGCUGUGAAAAGUGGUGGCGCCGUUCGUGUCUGUGUACGUCCACAGAGGAGAAGGAAUCGGGGGGGAGAUCCGUGGAGAGGACUCGGAAAAUAAGUGGAUGAGUGGAAUUCACGAGUGAAGAUUUGAUUUAAAAAAAAUAAAGUUUUACUUAUUCUUUUAUAACAUACCGGGAUGUUGUUGUGGAUCUCCGGGCUCUAGGUGAUCACUGACGCCGGGCUGUGAGCCUCAUUUCCCGGGCAGAAGAGGAGUCAGGACCCGCUGCUGCUGCUGCUGCUGUUGUUGUUGUUGUUCGCCCGUGGGUUCCUCCUGUGAGAUGCGUGGACAAACAGUGGACCAACCUGUCUCCAUCACCUACUCCACAGGUGGAAGGGAUGAUGGGACAGGACACGUGAUGGAUGACUUCUAAAUGUCCCGUGUCCCCGCGGACCCCCAGCCACCCGUGUCCAGUCCACAGACAUGGAUAAACUCACCGUGAUUUCAGGAUGCCUCUUUCUCGCCGCGGACAUCUUCGCCAUCGCCAGCAUCGUCAACCCGGACUGGAUCAACACUGGAGAAUCAGCCGGUUCUCUGACUGUGGGUCUGGUCAGACAGUGCCAGACCAUCCACAGUCGGGACCGGACCUGCAUCCUGCCGCAGCUGCCACCGGAGUGGAUCGCCACGCUCUUCUUCAUCAUACUGGGCAUCAUCUCCCUCACCGUCACCUGUGGUCUACUGGUGAUGUCAAUGUGGCACCGCGAGGCCACUCGAUACGCCCGCUGGAUCGCCUUCACGGGGAUGGUGCUGUUCUGCAUGGCUGCUCUCAUCUUCCCCAUCGGCUUCUACAUGAACGAGGUUGGAGGACAACCGUACAAGCUGCCCAACAACACAGUGGUGGGCUCGUCCUACGUCCUCUUCGUCCUGUCCAUAUUCUUCACCAUCGUGGGUCUCCUGUUUGCCGGGAAGGUGUGUUUACCCGGCUGACACGCACCACCUGUUGGAGAAACACCACCCACCACCGGAGGCUAACUGUGUCAGGACUCACCUCCGUAUGGCAGCACUGGAAGUGUCUAACAACCCUGAGGAGCAGACUGAUGUGUAUUUGUUUUUCUCUGUGCUCGUAACCGGAGCUGGAAAUGGUUCGAUCCAUCUGUUCAUCUCCUCGUUCAGAGAAUGAGAAGGUGUGACGAGCUUUGGCUAACAUCCACACUGCUACGUUUACUGUUGACUUUAAAGGAUUUUACUCAUCAUCACAUGAAGACUUUGUGUGGAGUCCAGUGUCAGAUCUUUUAUGAUGACGCUUCUUCCCUGACCACAGCUCCAUGGAACUGUCUGUAUAUGAUCAUUUUUGGGGGACAUUUGUUUAUUUAUCUGUUCAGUUCCACCUUGUUUUGUAUAUAAUAUAUCUUUUAUUAAUACAGUAUCUCAGAGUCUGUCUGCCAUUGGAUCAUCACUUUGCCUUAAAGAGCUGUAAAAGCUCAAAAUAACAACACUAUUGAGUUUUAGUUGAAGGUUGUUGUGUUAAUCUAGUCCCUUGUCACAGCUUUGCCUCCGCAAUUUAUUCACCUUUUUGUUUUGAGCGUCACCUGUUGUUUAGACACUGUGUAGAGAAAUGACUGACUCUUUGACUUGUUUAUUUUAUUCUGCUGCAGCGCCGAUGCCUCAUCAUAUGUGUGUGUGUGUGUGUGUGUGUGUGUGUGUGUGUGUGUGUGUGUGUGUGUGUGUGUGUGUGUGUGUGUGUGUGUGUGUGUGUGUGUGAAUGAACGGACAGCCAGGCUGUGUGAGUUUUUCUAGAAGCACUGUGAUGUUGGAAGAUCUCAUUAAAAAUGACUCACUGGACAUUUGAAUAUAAACGUUA